AUGCCAAAGGGAUAGACCACUACAACCUAAAAAGCUUAAAAGGCAGCAAAAAAUGCCAGAGUUACCAAAAAAGUUGUUAGAGCCAGAAAACAUUUCUAAAAUAGAUUCCACACUGCCAAACCAUUAGCAUUAACUAGAAAACCUAAAUUUACCAGAUUAACAAGAUAAUUAAAACCAAUCACCAAAGGUUUAGAUUUCUAAAAUGUCCUUAAACAUCCACUCAUUACAGAAAAAGAUAUGAAGAAAAUGGAAGAUGAAAACACCAUGGUCUUCUAUGUUAAUUAAAAAUCAACCAAGCCAUAAAUAAAAAGAGCAUUCUCUAAAAUUUAUGAAGUCAAAGUCAGAAAAGUCAAUAUCUUAAAUACAUUCGGUGGAAAGAAGAAGGCAUACAUUAGAUUGGGUGGAGAAAAUGAUGCACUUAAUUUGGCCAACAAAAUCGGUAUCAUCUGAGUGACAAUUAUAUUACACAGUAAAAUAUAUUCAAAUUUAUCCUAUAUAUUUUAUCUAUAUGAA